UAUCGGAGCUGACCUACUAUUGCAAAUUACGUCGUUUGUCCAGACGAUCGAGAGCCAAGGACGAAACCUUUGUUUUGAUUCACCAAUUUUCGACAAAGACUUCUUUGUUUUUCUUUAUCAUGACAGUCAUUUGACAAUACAUAUUUCAAUUCAAUUCAAUUCUUUAUUCCAUUUCCAUUCAAAACAUAAGACAAAGUAAUAUAAAGUAGUACAAUUCAAGUACAAUUUUGGACGAGCAUUCUUACUUCGUAAAAAAAUACAAAAAAAAACCAGUAUAGCAUUGAGCAUUAAUGGAAAUUAGGGGGGUCCACUAAAAAGCAAAGCUUGUAAAGUGUGCAUCCCCUUGGAAAUAAAGAAAAUGUAGUGGACUUAUUCAUAUAUGCGUAUAUAUACAGGAAAAGAAAAAAAAGAGAAGGAACAAAAAGGUCGAAAUCAUAUUGAUGUAAACAUAAUCAUCACUGAACAAAUGCAAAGCUAUUCACACAAAGAGGUCUUCGCUGUGAAGGAAAUAUGUUGCGCAAGACAGAAGAAAAAGCAGAAAGAGAGAGGUAAUGACAAGACAUAGAAGACAAGACAAAACAAGAGACAGGACAGUACAAGACCUAUCCUCUGUUCUGGAACCCUAUAUAUAGGUACGCCUCUAACAUGUGUAAGCAAAAACAAAUCCCUAUGUAUUUUACAGUGCUGUAACGGUUAUUACACUGCGUUCCCUUACCCUCCUCCUCAUCCUGUCCCUUUUUUUUUCUACUGAAAUUUCAAUCCAUUUGCAUCGAAUAUGUUUAUUACCUUAAGAAAAAAAUCUCUUACAGAAAACUAGACACCUGGUAUGACCUUCUGCUUGGCCGCUACCGCUUUUUACACCAUGGGUGGCAAUGGGGAAUCCCGGCUCCGCGAUAUCGCAAUCCAUUGUAUCACAAUUACUGCAACAAUAACGCAUCACAAUUUCAUAAUCAUUAUGUGAAUAGCCGUGAGUAUGAGUGUAUAUCAGCGGGUAUUGAUAUAGUACAAUUAAACAAUUAGAAAAAGAUAAAGUUGACUUCGACUGUGGAAGAUAAUUCACUGAGCAAUAUGAAUUCUGGAAAAGCAGCUGCUGCUGUGUGUCGUGAUAAAACUAUCACACUAUCCCGCUUGGACCGAAGAUUAUACAAGUAUGUAAUGAGUUUUGCAGGUGUGGCGUGUGUGGUUUUUGUUAUACUUCUAAGCGUGUACUCGGCUGUGAUCUCAUAUUUCUACUGGAAAGGUAGCAAUGAUAGCAAUCCAACCUUGCCAACUCUGCCCACUCUGAAGAAUGCACCCGAAUUAGUCAGCGUUGCGAACUCGUUUAUUUCAGUGGGAUGGAAUCUUAAUUACACUGGUGACGGUCCAGUCUGUGGGUCCAACGUCUAUGUCCAACAUCCUCUGUCGACAUCGUGGUUGAGUGUCGGUUUUGUUCCCGUUGAAGAAGAUGUAUCCUACUACCAAUUCGUGAUUGACCGACUGGACGCUGGGACCACAUAUGGUAUUAGUGUACGUCUUCUCCAUUGCUCGGGGAAAGAAGGGGCAGCAAGCCCCGAACUAUCCGCGUCAACACAGAAUUAUGGCUUGCCAACUCUGAAAAAUGCACCCGAAGUAGUCAACGUUACGAACUCGUAUAUUCAGGUUCAAUGGCAUCUUAAUUACAAUGGUGACGGUCCAGUCUGCGGGUCCAACGUCUAUCUCCAAUAUCCUACGUCGACAUCGUGGUCGAGUGUCGGUUUUGUUCACGUGGAAGAAGAUGUACCCUACUACCAAUUCGUGAUUGACCGACUGGACGCUGGGACCACAUAUAGUAUAAGUGUCCAUCUUCUCCAUUGCUUGGAGAAAGAAGGGGCAGCAAGCCCCACACUAUCCGCGUCAACACAGAAUUAUGUUUUGCCUAGCUUGUACCAACUGCCUAGUACAAAAGCAUCGGGAACAACCUAUGCUACUAUCCUGUGGCAAGAUGAAUACGUCGGCGAUGGCCCAACGUGCGGCUAUGCAAUCGACAGGAGGUGUAUAGGAGAUGAUGUCACGCCUUGGAAGACAGCGGGUUUUGUGCCAUUGGAACCGGGACGACAGUCAGGAGAACAGCGUGUCUUCAACCUAACUUGCUUAGAACCGUCUAUGGACUACCAGGUCUCAGUAAGACCUAUCUUUUGCGAUGGCGCAAGGACUAUUCAAGUUGGAGAAGGGCCAUUAUUGUUUCUAACGACUUCCACAAUCGUCUUGCCAACUCUGAAGAAUGCAUCUGAAGUAUUUAACGUUACAAACUCGUAUAUUUCGGUGGGAUGGAAUCUUAAUUACAAUGGCGACGGCCCAGUAUGCGGUUCCAACGUCUAUCUCCAAUAUCCUACGUCGACAUCGUGGUCGAGUGUCGGUUUUGUUCCCGUGGAAGAAGAUAAAUCCUACUACCAAUUCGUGAUUGACAGACUGGACGCAGGGACCAGCUAUGGUAUAAGUGUCCGUCUUUUCCACUGCUCGGGGAAAGAAGGGGCAGCAAACCCCGAACUGUCCGUGCCAACACAGAAUUAUGUUUUGCCCAGCUUGAACCAACACCCUAACACAACAGCAUCGGGAACAACCUAUGCUACUGUCCUAUGGCAAGAUGAAUACAUCGGCGAUGGACCUACGUGCGGUUAUGCAAUCGAUAAGAGUGGUCUUGGGGGUAACGCCACGCCUUGGAUGACAGCGGGUCUUGUGCCAUUGGAACCAGGUCGACAGUCAGGAGAACAGCGUGUCUUCAACCUAACUGGCUUAGAACCGUCUAUGGACUACCAGGUCUCAGUAAGACCUAUCUUGUGCGAUGGUGCAAGGAUUAUUCAAGUUGGAGAAGGGCCGUUAUUGUUUCUAACGACUUCCACAAUCGUAUUGCCAACUCUGAAGAAUGCACCUGAAGAAGUCAACGUUACAAACUCGUAUAUUCAUGUUGAAUGGAAUCUUGAUUACAAUGGUGACGGUCCAGUCUGCGGGUCCAACGUCUAUCUCAAGUCUCCUUCGUCGACAUCGUGGUCGAGUGUCGGUUUUGUCCCCGUGGAAGAAGAUGUAUCCUACUACCAAUUUGUGAUUGACCGACUGGACGCAGGGACCAGCUAUGGUAUAAGUGUCCGUCUUUUCCACUGCUCGGGGAAAGAAGGGGGAACAAACCCCGAACUGUCCGUGCCAACACAGAAUUAUGUUUUGCCCAGCUUGAACCAACACCCUAACACAACAGCAUCGGGAACAACCUAUGCUACUAUCCUAUGGCAAGAUGAAUACAUCGGCGAUGGACCUACGUGCGGCUAUGCAAUUGAUAAGAGGGGUCUAGGGGAUGACGUCACGCCUUGGAUGACAGCGGGUCUCGUACCAUUGGAACCGGGUCCAGAGUCUGCGGAACAGCGUGUCUUCAACCUAACCGGCUUAAAACCGUCUAUGGACUAUCAGGUCUCGGUAAGACCUAUAUUGUGCGAUGGUGCAAGGAUUAUUCAAGUUGGGGAAGGGUCGUUAUUAUAUCUGACGACUUCCACAAUUGAACUUCCGACUUUGACGACAGCCCCUAUUCUGACCAAUCUUUCAACGUCACACGUGGUCUUUGAGUGGAGUAGCGAACACCACGGGGAUGGUCCUGUCUGCGGUAACGAUAUCAACCUCAAGAAGGUCGUCGACGAUGACAACGAACUGUGGUUCAGUGUCGGGUUCGUACCGGUUGGCAGCGAGCUCGAGUUUUACAUCGGGCACCUCGAGGCGGAUACCGAUUAUCUAGUUGCAGUUUCGGUCAUUAAUUGCUUAUCCGGUGAAGACGGUCCACGACGGCCUGUGUUAUCAUUCAGGACCAUCGGGCCUGUGACGAAGGUGAUUUCUCCAGCAGCAGUGCCAGACAUGCCAGAUGGAACUGAUAUCACUGAAAUCCCGCCAGCAACAGCGACAUCUGCCUGCCCGAGUGUGAACUGUACAGAAUGCGGUGACUGGAAACUGGCCUUUACUGUCGUAACUGCGCUCCUUUUCCUUCUAAUUUAGUACUUGUUUUGAGUUACAUCAAAUUUAAGCAGUGAAUUAAGGAUGACCAACGAUCUACGGAAAUUAACGUUAGCCCGUGCACCGUUGCUACCAUACAAGCACCACACAACAUUUAUGCUGAAUACAAUGAUAUCGAGAACACUUACGAAGAGGCUGGAACAAAAGGCCAUCACAUUGGUCUGAAGUGGCGGAAAUCAUAUAAAUGGUUUACCUAAGAAUGUUUCUAUCUUGCUUUCUUUCAUUCUUUCUUAUACCUGUGUAGACAUUUUUGGGUAAACACAGAGUAUCAACUGGAAGGGGAGGGGUGGUUGCUACAUUAAGAUUAACAUAUAUUAUGUAAGAUAGGGAGAUUUAGAAUGUGAGGAGAUUGAACUGAUGUGGUUAAUAAUAAAAUGGCACCAAAAGCAGUUCCAUUUUUGUUGGAGCAUUAUAUAGAAGACCGCCCAGUGAUGUAACAUAUUUCUUCAUUAAACUCGAACAAAAUUUUGAUUAUUUAUUUUCUAUUACAAACAAUGUUGCUGUUUUAGGGGAUUUUAAUUGCAAUAUGAUGACAAGCAACCGUUUAUCAAAUAAAGUAAACGAGUUUCGUAAUAAGUUUAAUAAUUAUGCGUCAAAUCAUAAAUUAUUAUACUCGCAUUUCACCCCAUAGCAAAAAACGUAUUUACUUAUUAUUGGUUUCAGAUACAAUACCCUGUUUAAAAUCAGGAGUUCAAACACUAGGAAUCAGUGACUAUUCUUUGGUCUAUCUUGUAUUACAUGGAAAGGCUUCACUGUUGAAACCUCUUGUAAGCAAAUUAUGAUUAUUCAGAAAUUUUGAUGAGGAAAAAUCCAAUGAAAAAUUGAAUAAAUCGAUUGGACUGAAUCUGAAAAUCUUCGGAACAACUUUAAAUCUAUCUUUAUGAAAGUAAGUGAUAAACACGCCCCGUACGUUUCAGUUCGUCGUGAACAAACAGCUGCACCAUAGCCUAACGCAGCCACAAUGCGUAGUCUUUGCCAGAUCAGACGCAUCGCUUGCGUUCAGCAUAACAGCAAAGACAAUAACUGCAGCCUCCGCCUAGAUUAUAGGCUAGGUGUACCAUGGAUCAAUGAUGACUUCAUCAUGUCAGCUAGACAACGGGAUUACUCUAUAAACCCAAAACCUUCUAUGCUGGGAAUUAUUUUUAACAUUCCUGCAAUACAGCAAAUAUUUUAUAAUCUGAAUAAAAGACUAAAAAUGAAUUUAUACCAAAACGAAUUGAAGAAAUGCGGAACUGAUGUUUGCCAAAAUUGGCGAAUACUAAACAUUUUUAUCAAUUAAAAAAGAAAUAGGAGAAGUGAAGAUAGUUAAAGAUGACGUAUUGAUUACAGACGAAAAUAUUAUUUUUGAAAUUUGAAUAUAAGUUAUUUAAUGAAUUUGCAACGAACCUAGCACAAGGUAUUCAGGUUGCUGCCAAAAAAGUUAAUAGUAUGAAUACGUUGUUCCCAACCGAACGUUUCGUUUUUUAAGAAAUAAAAUAAGAGUUUGUACUAGAAUAACUGCAAAAUAUUGAUAUUUAAAAAAAGGCAUCUGGGGUUGAUGAUCUGCAUCUAAAAUUGUUGAAAAUAUAUGCUCUUCAUAUCGCCAAACUGCUUACAAAAUUAUUUAAUAAGUCGCUCCGAACCUGUCGAAUUCCAAAAGAAUUCAAGAAAGCGAAAAUAACACCAAUUCACAAAGGAGGUACUUUUGAACCAAAGUAUUACAGACCAACCGACACUAUCUAAAAUAUUAGAAAAAAAAACAGUCCAGCAACAACUUUAUGCUAAUCAAAAUAAAAAGACCUUCUAUGUGAUCGUCAGCAGUGGAUUCUGGACUCUUCAUUCAACAUCUACCUGUUUGACAGAAAUAGUUGAUUUUAUUUUUAAUAAAAUGAACUCUGGUCGAAUAAUAGGGGUCUGUUCUUAGACCUACAGAAGGCGUUCGAUGAAGAUUUGAUACUUGACAAGAUGUAUUACUAUGGUAUAAAAGAAUCUGAACUACUAUGGUUUAAGAUGUAUUUGACUGAAAGACAACAAUGUGUUAUAAUGAAAGGAGCAACAAGUUCCUUUUUAAAUGUGAAAACAGGUGUCCCUCAAGGGUCCAUACUUGGGCCCCUGAUUUUUUGUUUAUAUGUCAACGAUUUAGGAACCUUAUCCCUAUAUAAGAACGAUACAAUUAUGUUUGUUUGCAGACGAUACUACUCUCUUUAAUAGCUAGAAUACAAUGAUUAGCAUAUUACAAAGAAAUUUGCAAUACGAUCUGGACUUAAUUGCGAAAUGACUCAAUAUUGAUCGCAUCUAUUUACACCCACAAAAGACUAAAAUUUUGAUUCUCAGUAAUAAACGUAAAUACAAAAUAAAACAAUCACAUUAAAAUUUGAGAAUACAACUUAGGAGCAUGUUGAUAAUAUUAAAUACCUAGGAAUCAUUUUCGACUCUCAAUUAAGCUGGUCUUUACAUGUACAGUGCAUUCCUUGUAAAAUAUCACGUUCUAUUGCUUGCAUAAGAAAAAUUAAACAUUUGAUUAAGAGAAGUCAUUUGAGACAGUUAUACUUUGUACUAAUGUUGUCAUAUAUUGACUAUUGUUGUACAGCGUGGGGAAAUUGUUCGAAAAAUAAUAUAACCUGAUUACAAAAAUUGCAGAAUAGAUAUGCUCGGUUGGUUUUGAAUACUGAAUAAUCAACUUCACAAUAUUCUUUGUUAACUACACUUGACUGGCAAUCUGUUGAACCGAGGAUUAAAUACCAACAAUACAUUCUAGUACUAGUAUACAAAAUUUGGAAUGACUAUGCACCAAAAUACUUGAAACCAUUAUCUGUAUUAAACGACCCAUGAUUGUUUAUAAUACGAGACAUUCCGCCCAAAAUCGUUUACAUAUACCAUACCCUAAAUCCCCUCAAAAAAUAAUUCUCAUUCACUGCAAAUUCUAUAUUCAAUAAAUUACCAUUGUCCGUAAAAAGCUCUUAAGUCCCCAAAUAACUUCAAAAACUUUGCAAAACUUUCACCAACAUGCUCUCACUUUACAACUUGGCUCAGUUUGGGAGUUGUCUGGUUUUUAACGGCGCUCUCGUAAAAAAAAAAAAAAGAAUAUAUGCGCCAAUCAAAAUUAUUCUAACAUAUCAAAAGAUGUUUUGUAUUUUAUUAUUUUCAGUAGAUACGGCCUUAUAUUUUAAGAUUUGAGAAGUAUAAGGCCGUUGAUUGGAGUGAGGGGGAGGGGUAGUAUACCACCUGCACUUAAUUACGGUUUAUCUUUAUGUUUUUGUUUAUGUUUUCAGUUUUGAUUUAUGUUAUUUACUUUCGUUUCAUUAAUGUUCUGUUAUCUAUUCAUUUACCAUGUAUAUAGUCUGCUAUUUAUUUCAUCAUGUUUAUGUUCUUUCAUACGUGGAGGGCUCCAUUGUAAAACAGUUGUUUUAACUGAACCGGGCUACCCUCCACUGUUUUAUCGAUUAUGGUAAAUAAAACUUCUUUUUCUCUCUCUUUCUUUA